AGAUUAAGAAGCCACCAGUGGCCCCCAAGCCCAGGUUUGUUGUGGCAAAUAAUAAGCCAGCUCCACCUCCUAUUGCACCUAAACCUGACAUUGUGAUUUCUAGUAUUCCACAGUCAACAAAGAAAAUGAAACCAGCAAUAGCCCCGAAACCAAAAGUCCUGAAGAGCUCCCCUGUUCGAGACGUUGGACAGUCACCAUCAAGGAAAAUCAUGGUGAACCUGGAAGGGCAUAAACAGGAAUUAGCUGAAAGCACUGACACUUCUAAUUGUAAAUAUGAAAGCGAUCAGAGCAGCGAUUGUAUUUCACCAAUGUGUUCCUGCAGUUCUAAAUGUAUCCAUAAGCUUGGCCAUAGAGAGAAUUUGUGUGUAAAGCAGCUUGUUUUAGAGCCCCUGGAAAUGAAUGAAAAUUUAGAAAACAGUAAAAUUGAUGAGUGUUUGACUAUAAAAACUAGUAGUAAAUGUGAUUCCUGUGGGGAAAAGGCCAAGAACCAUGGUGGGGUCAUUUUAAAGGCAAGCAUCCUAGAAGAGAAGCUCAAAGAUGCCUUAGUACACCGAAUGCCACCUUUUAUUUCCUCACAGAAGCACAGGCCCACAGACAACCCAGAAAUGAAUGGUGACUGUAAUUCAAACGAACAAAUCAGACUUGAAUUUGCAGAUUUGUCACCUUCCCCAUCCAGCUUUGAAAAAGUUCCUGAUCAUCACAGUUGCCACUUACAGCUUCCUAGUGAUGAAUGUGAAAACUUUGAAACUUUCCAGGAUGAUAGUGAAAAAAGCAAUAAUUGCUUUCAAUCAUCUGAACUAGAGGCUCUGGAAAAUGGGCAAACGAGUACUUUUAUAUCUUCAGAUGGAGUUAGUAAGACAUCAGAAGUCAAAGAACUUGGUCCCUUAGAAAUUCAUUUAGUACCAUAUGUCCCCAAAUUUCCAACUCCCAAGCCCAGAAAGACACGAACUGCUCGUCUGUUACGCCAGAAGUAUGUAGAUACUCCUAGUGAAAGCACUGAAGAACCAGGGAAUUCAGACAGUAGCUCUUCCUGUCUUACUGAAAAUAGUUUGAAAAUCAGCAAAAUCAGUGUUCUUCAUCAGAAUGUUUUGUGUAAGCAGGAACAGGUAAAUAAAGUGAAGCUAGGAAAUAUAAGUGAAUUGAAUGUGGAAUCUCACAGUGACACACAGGACUUCGUGAAUUCACAAAAAGCCAGUUGUCAUGAAACAUCUUCAUUUGAAAAAAUAGCCCCUUCUUUUGAUACAGACUCUAAUUUGAGUUCUGAUAGCACAACUGUAGAUGGUUCCAGUACGUCACUUGCUGUGGAUGAAGGGACCAGUUUUAUAAGAUGUAGUACUCUAUCUAUGAGCCUGCCUAAGCAGCUCAAAUUAACUUGGAAUGAACAGUUGCAAUCUGGGAGAAACCUGGGAGUUUCUGCUCCUCAAAUGCAAAAGGAAUCUGUUAUAAAAGAGGAAAGUUCCCUACGAAUUGUCCCCAAAAAACCUCAGAGACACAGCUUGCCUGCUACAGGAGUGCUUAAAAAGGCUGCCUCUGAGGAGCUUGUGGAAAAAGGUUCUUAUUCCGUUGAAGAAAAAAGUUCAGAGAAGGGUCUAGAAAGAAAUCACCUUCAGCAUUUGUGUGCCCAAAACCGUGGUGUGUCAUCCUCCUUUCGAUAAGCCUAAGCGGGCUUCAGAAAAACCAGUGUGGAAAUUGCCUCAUCCUAUUUUACCCUUUUCAGGGAACCCAGAAUCCUUAAAGUCUGUCACCAUAUCCUCAAACAGUGAGCCUUCAACAGCCCUAACCAAGCCCAGAGCAAAAUCGUUAUCUGCUGUGGAUAUAGAAAAGUGCACUAAGCCUUGCAAAGACUCUACAAAGAAAAACUCUUUUAAAAAGUUGCUCAACAUGAAACUGUCCAUCUGCUUCAUGAAGAGUGACUUUCAGAAAUUUUGGUCCAAAAGUAGCCAAUUUGCAGACACCACCACAGGCCACCUCUCUGGUGGGGAGCAGAAGGGGAUUGAAAGUGAUUGGCACGGCUUGUUGGUAGGCGAGGAGAAGAGAAGUAAACCCAUGAAGGCGUAUUCUACAGAUAACUAUAUCCUGGAAUCUCAAAAGAAGAGGAAGAAGUCCCGGAGCCAGACCAGUGUGGCUAAUGGCCUGAGAGCUGAGUCUUUGGAUGACCAAAUGCUCUCCCGGGAGUCAUCAUCUCAGGCACCUUGCAAAUCUGUUACAAGCCUCUGUGCACCAGAGUAUGAAAAUAUACGCCAUUAUGAGGAAAUACCAGAGUAUGAGAACUUGCCGUUUAUUAUGGCUAUAGGGAAAACUCCCAAGUUGGAAUGGCAGAAUGCCAGCAGCAUGGAGGACACUGAUGCAAAUGUGUAUGAGGUAGAAGAGCCGUAUGAAGCGCCAGAUGGCCAGCUGCAACUUGGACUCAGACAUCAGCAUUCCAGUUCAGGAGCAUCCCAGGAGGAACAAAAUGAUCUUGGUCUUGGUGACCUUCCCUCUGAUGAGGAGGAAGUCAUCAACAGUUCUGAUGAAGAUGAUGUCAGCUCUGAGUCAAGUAAAGGAGAGCCUGACCCACUGGAAGAUAAACAGGAUGAAGAAAAUGGAAUGAAAAGUAAAGUUCAUCAUAUUGCCAAGGAGAUCAUGAGCUCAGAGAAAGUGUUUGUGGAUGUGUUAAAACUUUUGCAUAUUGAUUUCCGGGAUGCAGUAGCUCAUGCUUCCAGGCAACUUGGGAAACCAGUGAUUGAGGACCGGAUUCUAAAUCAGAUCCUAUACUACUUGCCUCAGCUGUAUGAGCUCAACCGGGAUCUUCUGAAGGAACUGGAGGAAAGAAUGUUGCACUGGACUGAACAACAAAGAAUUGCUGAUAUCUUUGUAAAAAAGGGACCAUAUCUAAAAAUGUAUUCCACCUACAUCAAAGAAUUUGAUAAGAAUAUAGCCUUGUUGGAUGAACAGUGCAAGAAAAAUCCAGGUUUUGCUGCUGUUGUUAGAGAAUUUGAGAUGAGCCCUCGCUGUGCUAAUCUGGCCCUCAAGCACUACCUGCUCAAGCCGGUUCAGAGGAUCCCCCAGUACAGGCUGUUGCUGACAGAUUAUUUGAAGAAUCUCAUAGAAGAUGCUGGAGAUUACAGAGAUACUCAAGAUGCCCUUGCUGUUGUUAUAGAAGUAGCCAACCAUGCCAAUGACACCAUGAAGCAAGGAGACAACUUUCAGAAACUUAUGCAAAUUCAGUACAGCUUGAAUGGACACCAUGAAAUUGUGCAGCCUGGUCGGGUUUUUCUCAAAGAAGGAAUUCUGAUGAAGCUGUCUCGGAAAGUGAUGCAACCCCGAAUGUUUUUCCUGUUUAACGAUGCCCUGCUGUAUACAACACCAGUGCAGUCCGGGAUGUAUAAACUGAACAACAUGCUCUCACUGGCUGGACUGAAGGUCAGAAAACCUACCCAAGAAGCCUAUCAGAAUGAAUUAAAGAUUGAAAGUGUGGAACGUUCCUUCAUUCUCUCAGCCAGUUCUGCCACAGAAAGGGAUGAAUGGCUAGAAGCGAUUUCCAGGGCAAUAGAAGAGUAUGCCAAGAAAAGAAUCACCUUCUGUCCUAGUAGGAGUCUUGAUGAGGCAGACUCAGAAAAUAAAGAGGAAGUUAGUCCUCUUGGAUCAAAGGCUCCCAUCUGGAUUCCUGAUACCAGAGCCACAAUGUGUAUGAUCUGCACAAGUGAAUUUACUCUCACCUGGAGACGACACCACUGCCGGGCCUGUGGAAAGAUUGUAUGCCAAGCUUGUUCAUCCAAUAAGUAUGGCUUAGAUUACCUGAAAAAUCAACCAGCAAGAGUAUGUGAACAUUGUUUCCAAGAACUGCAGAAAUUAGAUCACCAGCACUCCCCUAGGAUUGGAUCUCCUGGAAAUCACAAAUCUUCAAGUGCCUUAUCAUCAGUCUUACAUAGCAUUCCAUCAGGGAGGAAACAGAAAAAAAUCCCAGCUGCUCUCAAAGAAGUAUCAGCAAACACAGAGGAUUCUUCUAUGAGUGGCUACUUGUACAGAUCAAAGGGCAAUAAAAAACCCUGGAAACACUUUUGGUUUGUCAUAAAAAAUAAAGUACUAUAUACAUAUGCUGCAAGUGAGGAUGUGGCCGCUUUGGAGAGUCAGCCUUUAUUAGGAUUCACUGUUAUUCAAGUUAAAGAUGAGAAUUCAGAAGCUAAAGUAUUUCAGUUACUGCACAAAAACAUGUUAUUUUAUGUAUUCAAAGCAGAGGAUGCUCAUUCGGCUCAGAAGUGGAUAGAAGCAUUUCAGGAAGGCACAGUAUUGUAGCAGUAUUGGUUUCAUCUCUUCUGUGAUUCCAAAGAGGUGGAAUUUCAUCAGAUUGGAGUAAAUGCAAUUUGAAAAUUGUGUAAAAAUGAACACUGCCAAGAUAAAGCCCACCAAACUCUUCAUCAGUUAAAGAAAUUGUUUUGUGAGGUAUAAGUAAUUGUUAAAAGGUGUCUGUUUUUUUGUGUAUGUUAUUUAUUAAAAUUUUGAUGUUUACUUAAUGGUCAGAAUUGUUUCUGAGACACACUGAAUUCUAAAGUACCAUUUCUUUAGAGACCAGAAAAACUAUCUUAAUACUGUAUUAACUGUUUGUGACAUAGUCCACAGUUUUCUUACCUUACAUUUUCACAUUCUUACUGGUGGAAAGUCUUUGUAAGGAAAAAACACAUAGCAAGGAGCAAAUUUCCACAAAGUGCUUGGUUUAGGAAUUGUGAUUAUUAUAAAACUGCUGAUGAAAAAAAUGCAUUCCUUUGAAUCAAUAAACUUGGGUGAAUUUUUGUAUCUUUUAGUGGAAAAAUAUGGCCAGCUUCUACCUCAGUAACUAUGAACUGAAAUUUCAGCAAAUUACCUAAAGUAUUUCUAUUGUUAGGUACCUCUUUGGCAAGAGUUAAUAUUACAUCAUCAAAGAAUUAUAGCAAAUCUGAAUUUUUUAAAACUGUGAGUCAGAAUGAAAAUGGUUUUAUUUGCAGAAUAGCACAAAUAAGCAACUCUUUUGGCUUUUAAGUCCAGUCUUUAAAAAAAAAAAUCUACCAUUUCAAAACAAACAUAAAUGUAUCAUUUUUAAAAUAGCAAAAUAUAGCAUUAUGCUACAUAAUAUCCCCUGCUAUUAUAAGAGUUCCGAGCCCAAGCCAGUGAUAGUAUUUGCAUCUAAAAGUAAUGUUACAUUUCUAAAAAUAUUGUGCUUUACAAAUGGAACUGGAAUUACUAUAUCAGAAAAGCACCAUUCUAAGCCAGUAAUAACUGAAAUUCUAUAGUAUUCAUUUUCAAAAGGUCUUUUUCUAUCACUUUGUAAUAUCCUCCCUCGUAAUU